AUGUCAAACCCUUCCAUCGUCAUUGUGCCAGGCGCAUGGCAUAGACCCGCCCAUUUUCAAGGUCUCAUUGAUGAGCUCGCGAAAGUCAACUACGAUGCGGUUGGUGUCACCUUGCCUUCGGUUGACUCCAAUCCGCCCCUUGCCAGCUGGGAGCAAGACGCACAAGCAGUCCGCGAAGCUAUCAUGGAAAGAUUAGAUGCUGGUAAGGACGUCAUCGUGCUAGCCCAUUCAUUCGGAGGUAUCGCUAUGUCCGAGGCUGCGAAGGGGCUCGGAAAGAAAGGGCGAGCGGCCCAGGGUUUGAGGGGGGGGCAUUAUCAAGCUCGUUUACAUACUCCGGAAGAGGAGGAAAUGGAACGUCAACGCCAGGAAAUGGUGGCCAAGCACGGAGAACUGCAAUUCAACGCGGAUGGAGCCAUUGUGCUACCCAAGGAAAAUAUACACCUCGUCUUCUAUAACCGAUGUGAUCCCAAGGACAUCGAAAGAGCGGUGGGACUGUUGGGCUCAUUCCCACCGGGUCCGUUGUCCGUUCCUGUGACGUACACCGCAUACCGUGAGAUUCCGAGUACCUACAUUGUGUGCAAGAAUGACAACGCAUUGCGAUUGCCGUUCCAGCGAAGAAUGAUCGCGCAAGGCGGAGGUUGCUUCGACGUGGAAGAAUGCGAUGAGGGUCACUCUCCAUUCAUGAGUAACCCGGGGUUCAUUGUCGACUGUGUUCGAAGGGCAGCUGGAGAGAAGGUUUAG